GCGAGACCGCCAUUGGCGAGCACCGGUCCCGUGACUGGUGCGCCCUUCCUCAGUUCCGGCCGACAGGCCCAGUGGGUGCAGGUGACGCGGAGCGGGCCAGGUCGGUGCGUUGGAUCCAGCGGCAGGGAUCUGUGUAUCAGCCCGGGGAUCCAGGCGAGCGGUGUGGUGUGUCCUGACAGAAGAAGUCAUCUUUAGACAGACAGCCGAUCACGCCUCAUUGAGGCAAAAAAUAUAUACCCUCCUCCAGACUGCUGUCACCGCUGCCUUUAGACAGACGGCUGCUUCUGCCGCCUCUCGACAGCUGGAGGAACGCGUGUCUUGCUUCCGGAGAACAGCGUCAUGCGGGGUGCCUGUGUGUGGCGGUGGUGCGCCGCCCUGUUGACGCUGAUCAGCCUGCGUGGCUGCACCGGAGACCGAUUUGCGCCGAGCACUCUCCGGGAAUAUCUGCGCUCUGUGGUCAAGGAUACGCUGGACCAGCACUACGCCGACCUGAACUCGCGGCUCGACCGGAUCGAGGCGUCGCUCGAGCGGAUAGGGCAGACGGGAGGGAGCGGACUCCAGAUCCGCAGCGCCUCCCGUGCCCCGCACGUCGUCUGUAACGUGGCCUCGUGGGCGAGCUUCCGCAGCGGACGGGGCAAGUUCACCAUCGACAACAUCGACAUACAGGCAUGCACGCAUCUCGUCUAUCAAUAUGUCGGCAUGGAUGAAACGAGCAACGAGCUGCGCUCGCUAAAUCCCACUCUCGAUCUGGGUAGCUUCGGUAACCCGUCCGGCGGUAACUACGCCAGAUUCACUAGCUUAAAGAAGCUCAAACCGUCGCUGAAGACGAUAAUCUCCGUUGGAGGGUAUCUAGAGGGCUCUGAGAAGUUCUCAAACAUGGCGCAAGAUCCGGCUAAGCGAGCCAAGUUUGUCGCCAGUGUGAUGGAGUUUUUACAGAAGCACAAUUUCGACGGCCUGGACAUGAACUGGCAGCAUCCGACGCAGCGCGGUGGAACACCCCAGGAUCGGACCAACUUCCCAGUCCUUCUCGAGGAGCUCCGCGAGGCGUUCCGUCCUCGCAGCUGGCUGCUGAUGGCCUCCUUGUCUGCGCUCACAUCAAUCGCAGACGCCGGCUAUGACGUGCCGCGAAUCAGCUCUGCGAUCGACCUUCUACACAUGCAGGGCUUCGACUACCACGGAGUCUGGGACCGGCGGACGGGCCACAACGCGCCGCUGGACCGCGUCUCCGGCUCCGUCAACUACUACCUGCGGAUGGGCGCCGAUGCGUCCAAACUGCUGCUCGGCAUACCACUGUACGGCAGCUCCUACCUUCUCACCGACCCCACGCGCAGCGACGUCGGCGCCCCGGCGGCCGAGACCGCCUUCAAGGGACCCUACACCCAGCUGGACGGCUCCAUCGGCUACAACGAACUGUGCGAGAUGCGCGCGGAAGCCGUCGGAGCCGAGCGCUGGACGAAGAACUGGGACGAUGUUGCCAAGGUGCCGUAUUUCGUUCAGGAUACACGCUGGGUCAGUAUCGAAGACGAACGGUCUGUGACGCACAAGGCAGCGCUGGUCCAGCGUUUCCGGUUGGCGGGAGUGGCGCUGACCACACUGGAUACGGACGAUUUUAACGGCGUCUGUGGUCAGAAGAACGUACUGAUGAGCGCGAUCAUCACGGAGCUGAAGAAGUAGCCCGACGACCGUCAGAGGCUUGAUGCGAUCGUUUCAUCCCGGACCUUUAAACUGAAGGUGUUCAGAGACUGUCUGGAGUGCCGGGUGUCGUGUCACGGACAAGUAGCGUGUAUUCUACCCAGGGAAUGUGACGACGCUCAACAACGAAGUUCCCUUGUUUCCCUGUGCGUCGUUUUGAAAGCAGACAAACACGCUUGACCUCCACGCGAUUCCGCAGCGCGAGUGGAAAAUCCUGGACUGGUUCAAACAACGGUCCCAUGAACCAUUGCAACAUUCAUAUACAUCCUUGAGAACGAUAAUGCUUAGCGCGACAUGGAACUGCCAUGACCUCGUGUCUCAUCCCCUUUGCUAUCUCAUUAUCACCAUUUCGUCCUCUUUCCAGUUGCGAGUGCUUUGGUCGGUAGUGCAGGUACCUUCUGCGAUUACGGAAUAGAGCGAGACUCCGUUCUAUUAAUUAGUGGCACCUAAUAAACGCAGCUGUAUUCAACAAUUCCGUAUCCAGAUUAGGUACAUGUUUCCUGAUCAGAUGUCCCCAAUAGAAACUGAGAGUUUUGAAUUGAAGGGCUGCUGUUUUCCCUAACUUAGUUAUAUCGCCCGAGUCUACGGAUUCUGCACGCAAGGCUUAGCAUUAAAGCUUGACAAGUAUUUGUGUGACCACAGUGUUGGCCCUGAUCAUUCUACAAGUGUUCGUGUUAUUUUGUGAACUCAGAACUGUAUACGCAAAUAAACCAAAUGAU